CUAUCGUUUUAGAAUAAAAGCAGAUUUCGAAGGCCGAAGAAACUUUUACGUUAGUUUGAAGUCGUAAGUGAAUGUUGCAGUGUUUAACGAUGUCUAGACUUUCAUAUUCUCCACCACAUACUCCUCCACAUUCGUUCUCUGAGGAUUGUCUUCAUGGAGUAGUGCAAGAGAAGAAUGACUUUGAUGCAGUACAAACACUGUUAUCUAUCAGCCAACAGAUAUGCCCAGCCCAGCAUGACAGCAGCACGCAAGACAGUGUCGAUUUCUUCAAUACCAGACAGCUCGAGUUGACACCACCCAACUCUGAAGAUGAACUGGAAGAAAUCAAUCAGAAAAAAAAAAGCAAUUCUGAGCUUGCUCGAUUGCUUUUGACUCAGACACCUCCUCCUACACCAAGUCCUCAGGUGACAGGUAUGCCUGUGUCUGUCAUCAGAAGAGCUCCACGAGUGUGCCAUUUCUCAGAAAAUAGUAUUACUGAAAAGGAUGAAUCGAGAAGGAGUGAAGUGAUCCAGCUCACUGGCUGUGAUAGAAACACCACAUUUCCUGGUAAGCAAUCUGCUGUGUCUCCUUCAGUUAGUCUGCCUGUCACGACAACUGCUCAGAGUGUUAGUUCUGGUUCUGUUACCAUACAACACACCCCAAUAACAGCAGUGCUUCCACUCACUCUGGAUACAUCUUCUGUUCAUUGUGUAUUAAACACAUGCACCACUCAGAGUACAGCUAAGCCUAUCGCUAUUGCUCCUAAGAUCAUUCCUACAACUGUGGUUCCCAUUCUUUCUACUGUCAGGCCAAUGAUGGCCAGUAACAGUCAACAAGAAGACUCUUCAGUCAAAUCUUGUUCUCUUCCCAACACUUCGAAUGGUGCCCCUACCACUUUGAUACCAUUAUUAGGAUCCAAUGGAUCUGUAUUCCAGUUUCUGGUAGCAGCAACACCACUGGGAAUUAAUGGGACGACAGUGACCUGUGGAAUCCCCGAUGGACAAGCUUCCAAACCGCGGAUAUUAGCUCCUGCACCAUUAGUGUUUUCACCGACAGAUAAAGCAAGUUUACUGGCAGAUGCAAGACGAAGAGCUUAUCAGUGCUCUUAUCCGAAUUGUUCCAAGACCUAUUUCAAAAGCUCUCACCUGAAGGCCCACAUCAGAACCCACACAGGGGAAAAACCAUUUGCCUGUACAUGGGAAGGAUGUAACAGAAAAUUCUCGAGGUCUGACGAACUUUCACGUCACAAGAGAACUCAUACAGGAGAGAAAAAAUUUGCUUGUCCAGUGUGCGAGCGGAGAUUUAUGAGGAGUGACCACCUUGCUAAACAUGUAAAAAGACACACCAGUGGCAAGCGAGUAGGACUUUGGGUCAAUCAUCAUUCUACAAAUAGCGGUUCAAAUCAAGAGGGAUGCGUGUCCGAAACCGGGAGAGCCGAGCGUGGGUUAGGAGUGACCACCUUGCAGUUUCUCCUCCCUUCAUCUGUAUAGAAUGUCUGAAGAACUUCAUAUAAUAUUCACUGUGAUUCUUUGGUAUUAAACUUUAAAAUCUUCAGGGUUACCAGGUUAGGGUAACAACAGUCUCUCUUAGUAUAGUGUUUUAUGUUAUACACUUGGUUUGCUCCAGUUUAUAUUUUGUUGAUUAACUAAUGCUAUUACUUACAACUGGUUUUACCAGGACUCUCAUCAUAUGAGUAAAGGCAUAACAUCAGCAUGAAUGUGGAAAAUUAUAUGUACUUAAGGUUGCUCUGUGAAAUUAGAUUCUGGAGAUUGUAGUAAAGUAUUGAUUUGGUUCUCUAUUGCAAGUAGGAUAUUGUGUAGUCAAAAGGUAACAUUCAGGUUUAUACUCGCAAGUUAUUUUAAUAAUUAUAAUAUAUUAUUAAUUGAUAUGAAAAUGUUAGUCAAGUUUCAGUUGGCUAUGUGAAACACAAAUUUAUUAGGCAUUAUGUAAACUAAACUGUUGAAAUUUGGUUCAGAAAAUACCUAUAUGUUUGUCAUGUUCUAUGUGUGAUGCUGAGUGUAUUUUUCCUUUUUGACAAAAAUGAAAAAGUAAUAAAAAAGUGGUUAAUUUACUAAAAACAAGUUUAUUUUUUACUUUGGAUCUAAAAAAAGCAUUUUUAUCAAUUUUUUUUUUGUAAAUGUGGGAACCAUAUUUUGAUAGUUAUUUUAUAAAAUGCUGUGCUUCAAAGGAAAAGUACACUCCUGUUAGUAAGGAGAUUCUGUAUGUUUUUGUUGGUUUUCUGCAUCCAUUCGUGUUCAAAUUCCGGUGCUGUUAGUCAACUACCAACUUUGAUGGUAGAUUAACCGACUAUAACUCUUGAUUUAAGAGUAUUUAUUUAUAAGAAUUAUUCUAAAUUAAGUCGAAAAGUGUAAAUACGCGACACAUUUCCUACUGUUGAAAUACAAAUAACAUGAGAAAACGAA